UAUCUCGGCUUAAAGCAGGUUAAACUGAUAAUCUUGUUGUCAUUAUAGUUUUAUAUCUAUAGUGUCAUAUCUUCACGCCUCGCCGUAGAACGACGCUAUAGUAGAUAUUUAACCCCCGAUCUAUUUGUGCAAAUACCUUGACUAAUCAGCUAUUUUGAUUUUGUGUUUCUGAAUGGACUCUUUUCCCAUGUAUAAAUAGCCUUACCCCGUCACGUGCUCUACCCUCCCAAGACUCAGUCAUAUGAGCGAGGAAUCAUUUGGAAUGUAAGACAGUCUCUUAAGAAAGUGAGAUGGAGGGGUCUCCACGCCAUUGGAGCUACGCCAGGGUGGGGCAGUGGUUGACAGACACCGGCUUCCAGAAAUACCGCCAAGUGUUCGAGGACGGUAAAAUUGACGGAGACGCUUUGCUUGACCUGACGAAGGAAGCAAUGGGGAGAGAUCCGCUAAACAUUACAGAACCUAGUGAUGUAGAAAAACUUAAUGAAAGUGUUCAACAACUGAAGAAAGACAGUACUCAGUUUCCAAAACUCAUAGCUUACAGGGAUUACGAAGUGUUCGAUAUGGAGGACUCGGAGAAUAGUUUUGACAGCGACAGAGAGCUCCUGAGUAAAACAGACGACAAUCAGAAUACUGUUUAUUACAGACAUUUCCGCUCAGAUCUACGUAAAGCCUUGUUCGCCGUUCUUUAUGGCACUCUGAGCCACUUUUUGACUUCGGUCGCCAUUGUGAAUGCUCAGGAAAAGUUGCCGGAUAAAAAGAAAUACCCCCCUCUUCCUGACAUUUAUCUGGACAAUUUCGCCGUCAUUCCCUGGGCCUACAAAGUCUCAGAGAGCGUCAUACUCAGUCUUGUUAUCCUACUCCUGAUCAUUUUCGUCUUCCAUAAGAGCAGGUUGAUCAUCCUCCGCCGAACUCUAGUCAUCGCUGGCAGUAUUUACCUCUUAAGAUGUGUCUGUGUGUCAGUGACCAACCUACCUAUGCCAGAACAGCAUUACAACUGUGAUAGAAUGGUGUUUGCGGACUCCUGGAGUAAGAUGAAGAGGAUCAUGGUGGUGUAUUCGGGGAUGGGGAUGAAGAUGGGGGGAAUGAAGACCUGCGGGGACUACAUGUUCAGCGGCCACACCAUCACCAUCACCAUAGCAACACUCACUGCCAUCGAAUACACUCCUAAGCGCUAUCGUCUGCUCCACGUGGCGCUAUGGCUGUACUGUUUCUGUGGAAUGUGGGCGAUUCUGGCCUCACACGGACAUUACACACUCGAUGUGGUGGUGGCAUUCUACAUAUCAUCACGAAUCUUCAUGUACUACCACACUUUCGCACACAAUCUUUACCUGAUGCGCCGCAACCGGAAGCGGAUGAAAGUGUGGUUUCCGGUUUUCUAUUUCUUUGAAAAAGAUGAACGUGGAGGAGUUAAAAAUGAGUUUGAAUGUCCGGUUCCAAGUUAUGAAACCAUAAGGAAAUUUAUAAAGGACAGUCGUGUAGACUUCUGCUUAAAGCGCUACACGGCCUUCCGCCAUUCCUGAUCUUUAGAUGUCGUGCUACUCGUGCUAAUCAUUAUUUAAAUCAGUCAUUUAUCUACAACAAAACGAUGCAACUCAAUGCAAUUUGUCUGUGUGUAUGUGACUGUUAGUGAAGAGUUCACUAUGCAAUAACUGUGUAUUUUCUGAGAUAUUUAUUUAUUUAUUUUUUAUUUAAGAAGGUGUUGAUUUAUUGCUGUGCGAAUCUGAACACGUUUUUUGUGUCUUGCAGCAUUUAACACUUUUAAUAUAGACUGAAUUUUAUGAAUUGAAUAAAAUAAAAUGGAUGUUUGAAUUUAUACUUUAUUUCCCCAUCCCACUAGAUAAGGUAAAAAAACGACAAAUAUUACUACCAGCUGGUCCAAUAUAUUUGCAGCCAAAAUAAUUAAACAACAUCAUGUACUUAAAUC